GAGGCCGGGGGUGCGGGCUGGGGCCCCCGGCCCGGCGCUGCCCGCGCCCCUGCCUCCGCCGGCGCUGGCCGGGCUCCGGGAAGCUAGUCCCGAGCGGAGGAAUCUAUUGUUAUUUAUUGUGUGGCGGUUGCAUGCUGUACUCGCGGCGGCCCGGCCCUCGCCCGGAGUGCGUGUGUGCGCGCGUGUGUGCGCGAGGGAGUGUGUGCACGGGGGUGCGCGCGGGCGGGAGUGGGCGCGCGCGGGGAAAGGCCCGAAAACACCUUAGUUUGCACCGAGAGACCAUUUGCAGCGGAACCCGAAAGUUUGCACGAGGAAGAAGAGAGCGCGCGGCGAGCCAGCGGGCAAGGGGCAGCGGCCGCGGCGCCGGGGCCCUGGUGCUGCCGGCGCCUCCUCCGCGGGCGUGACGGGAGGACUCGGCGGUGUCCCAGGAGCUUUUGCUGACAAUUCCAGUUUCCGAAUGAAACAUUUGGGCCAUGGUGCGGGCUGCAAUCUCUUUUCCGAUUUGCUGUCAAUCAUGAAUGGGUGGAUGUGAUGCCUGCUGGCCGAAAGGCCCUAUGCAGAAAUUUCUACCUGUUGCAAAUUGAACGUCUUCACAUCGCAAAUCCCACUGAAGCACGGCGUUGAUAACGGGCGUUGUCAUACUCAGCUCCCGCGCAUGCUGCUGCGAGCCUCCAGGUGUCCCUGUGUGUGUUGCAGUCCUGUGGCAUUAUGCAUGCCCCCAACCAGUGACCCCCCAGGCUUUUUAUGGCUGUGAGACACGUUAAAAGUUCAGGGGUGAGAAGUGACCUUUUGAGGUGACUAUAACUGAAGAUUGCUUUAGAGAAGCCAAAAAAGGUUUUUGAGUCAUGAUGCAAGAAUCUGGGACUGAGACAAAAAGUAACGGUCCAGCCAUCCAGAAUGGGUCAAGCAGCGGCAAUCACUUGUUAGAGUGCGGCAGUCUCCGGGACGGGCGGUCCAACGGGGAGGCGGCGGCUGUGGACGUGGGGGCAGCCGAUCUGGCCCAUGUGCAGCAGCAGGCUCUUCAAGUGGCAAGACAUCUCCUCCUUCAGCAGCAGCAAGUCAGCGGAUUAAAAUCGCCCAAGAGGAAUGACAAACCACCAGCCCUUCAGGUUCCCGUGUCAGUGGCUAUGAUGACACCUCAAGUUAUCACUCCCCAGCAAAUGCAGCAGAUUCUCCAGCAACAAGUGCUGAGCCCUCAGCAGCUCCAGGUUCUCCUCCAGCAGCAGCAGGCCCUCAUGCUUCAACAGCAGCAGCUUCAAGAGUUUUAUAAAAAACAACAGGAACAGUUGCAGCUUCAACUUUUACAACAACAGCAUGCUGGAAAACAGCCUAAAGAGCAGCAGGUGGCCGCCCAGCAGCUGGCCUUCCAGCAGCAGCUCCUCCAGAUGCAGCAACUCCAGCAGCAGCAUGUCCUGUCCCUGCAACGCCAGGGCCUCCUGCCGCUGCAGCCGGGCCAGCCCGCCCUGCCCCUGCAGCCCCUCACCCAGGGCAUGAUUCCAGCAGAACUGCAGCAGCUCUGGAAAGAAGUGACAAGUGCUCAUACUGCCGAGGAAACCCCAGGCAGCAAUCCCAGCAGUCUGGAUCUGUCCACCACAUGUGGCUCUUCCUCUGCCCCUUCCAAGACGUCCUUACUCAUGAACCCACAUGCCUCUACCAACGGGCAGCUCUCGGUCCACACUCCCAAGAGGGAAAGCUUGACUCAUGAAGAGCACCCGCAUGGCCAUCCUCUCUACGGACAUGGCGUAUGCAAGUGGCCCGGCUGUGAAGCAGUAUGCGAAGAUUUCCAAUCAUUUCUAAAACAUCUCAACAGUGAGCAUGCGCUGGACGAUAGAAGUACAGCUCAAUGUAGAGUACAAAUGCAGGUUGUACAGCAGUUAGAGCUACAGCUCGCCAAAGACAAGGAGCGCCUGCAGGCCAUGAUGAGCCACCUGCACGUGAAGUCUUCAGAGCCCAAGGCCGCGCCCCAGCCCCUGAAUCUGGUAUCAAGUGUCACGCUCUCCAAGUCUGCAUCAGAGGCUUCUCCGCAGAGCUUACCUCAUACUCCGACGACCCCGACUGCCCCCAUCACUCCCGUCACCCAAGGCCCCUCCGUCAUCACCACCACCAGCAUGCACACGGUGGGACCCAUCCGCAGGCGGUACUCAGACAAAUACAACGUGCCCAUUUCUUCAGCAGAUAUUGCGCAGAACCAAGAAUUUUAUAAGAACGCAGAAGUUAGACCACCAUUUACAUAUGCAUCUUUAAUUAGGCAGGCCAUUCUCGAAUCUCCAGAAAAGCAGCUAACACUAAAUGAAAUCUACAACUGGUUCACACGAAUGUUUGCUUACUUCCGACGCAAUGCCGCCACGUGGAAGAAUGCAGUGCGUCAUAAUCUUAGUCUUCACAAGUGUUUUGUGCGAGUAGAAAACGUUAAAGGGGCAGUAUGGACAGUGGAUGAAGUAGAGUUCCAAAAACGAAGGCCACAAAAGAUCAGUGGUAACCCUUCCCUUAUUAAAAACAUGCAGAGCAGCCACGCCUACUGUACACCUCUCAAUGCAGCUUUACAGGCUUCGAUGGCUGAGAAUAGUAUACCUCUGUACACUACCGCUUCCAUGGGAAACCCCGCUCUGGGCGGCUUAGCCAGCGCAAUACGGGAAGAGCUGAAUGGAGCAGCGGACCACACGCACAGCAACGAGAGCGACAGCAGUCCGGGCAGAUCCCCCAUGCAAGCCGUGCAUCCUGUCCACGUCAAAGAGGAGCCUCUCGAUCCAGAGGAAGCCGAAGGGCCUCUGUCCUUGGUGACAACAGCCAACCACAGCCCAGAUUUUGACCACGACAGGGAUUACGAAGACGAACCAGGAAACGAGGACAUGGAGUGACCGUCUGGGCGGGCCGGCCCUAAGAAUGAAGAUUGGGGAAAACAAACAAACGGCGUCAAAAGUUAGCAGUGAAAUCGUUCUCCAUUUGUGUACAGUCUGGAGGAUUUUCACUACAUUUUGACGACUCUGAAAUGUGUUAACUCUUAGUGCCAUCAAGAAUCCCAUUUGGGAGUAUUUUUGAUUUUUCUACUUUUUGUUGAAAAAAGGAAUUUGUACUCUGUGCAUUGGAUGGACUUGUUUGGUACUUGGGAUUUUCCUCUCUUAACCGUCAACAUCAGUGUUGUAAAUGUGCUAAACUGACUCACUUUUAGCAGCAGACUCUGAACUGCAGUCCUGCCAGCGUUGGACACUGAGGACACCCAGCUGAGCAUGUGCACCAAGCCUCUGCCCAGAAUUUAAGGAUUCCAAUGGACGACCUAUUUGCACAGUACUGCAUGUUGAUUAUCACUGCCUUUACCUUUUUUUUUUUUUUUGCUUCCAUUUGGGAUGGGGAAGGCCUUUGUGUGUGUAUUGGGGGGAGGGGUUAAAAAUAAUUAUCCCAAACUUUUUAAUGUAUUGCUUUUUUUUUUGCUUCUACUUAUACCAUUUUAAGUUCUGACCUCAGGCCUCCAUUUGGGCCCAUGGCCUCUUGGAGGCUUAAAGUUUUCUGUACCUUGUGAUGAAUGUUAAUAGGUGUUUUUAUUACACAAAGCUGAAUGUCAUUUCUCGUUUGUAGUUUUCUGUCACUCAUUCUAUCUUCCUUCAGACAUCACCACGUUUUCUCUAAAGUCAGAAAACAUUCUGUUUUGGUCUUUUUCAAAAAAGGUCCCAAAUGCUGCACUCUACACAUGAAGGCCCUCUCACACAGAUAUGAAGCCCUGCCAGAAAGAGAAUGAAUGACAGAAAAAAAAAAAAAGAGAGACAGACACUCUAGGAACAAGCAGAUUCAUUCCACAGAGCAGUAUUGGAGGUGGGAAAGGGGGUUCAGAUUUCCUUCUUUUUUUUUUUUUUGACAGUUAUUGUCCCUCUUAAUAAAUGCCACAUCGUUUGACCAGCACAAGGAAACAGGCAGCACCCCGCAGCACCCCUCCCCUCUGCAAACAAAUCUGACCGUUGGCCUGCCAGUGUGGCUGCAGAAGGCUCUCCCCGAUGACCGAGUUGCAGUUGGGCCACCGGCUUCCCUGAGCAAGUUUGCUGAACGUGGCGGCGGCGCUGAAUUUAAACAUCAGUUGAGACCUGCUUAGUGGCAUUAAUCUGUUUGAAGGCAAAUGAGAUUUCAGAUUGCAUUUGUUAUGGGAGUUAAUGAGGACUCAGUUCGGCAAAUGCUAAAGCGUUCAUUUCAAACGUGCACAUUUGGUUCUGCACUUCAGUCCGUUAUGUAAAAUUAUUGCACCGACCCAGAAUCAAAAUCUAACAGAAGACAGCAAGCAGACGAGGUGAGGGCACCCCUCGGCCCGGGGCUUCUCGGGAAACAAACACUGGCCUGCAGAACGUGGCGGUCAUCGGUCAGGACACCCUCGGUCCGCAGAACCCCUCUGCUCCCCUCUGCACCCACUUUCCUGUUCCUCCUUUAUUUAUCCAGGACCGAAGCUUUUGUUUUGUUUUAGUUUGAGCCUUUUGGAGCUUAAUUUAUAUUCUUUGUACCUUUUUUUUUCCUAAAAUUACCAAAGAUAUUACACAAAGGUAAAUUAUGUUCUCUGUUUUAUGCUUUAUCUGAUGAAGCCAAAUAUCCUCUUAUUGUUGAUCAAAGGAGGCAAAAGCAGUUAGAGGCAGUGGACGACACACAGGCCCCGCUAACCCGAGGAAGACAACUGCCCCUUCACCGCAGAAUAAACUGAGAAGACCAAGUAGGUAAUGGAGCCAAAGUUCUUACAUUUUUUUUAGUUAUUGUGGGUUUGUUUUUGUUUUUUUUUUUCUUUUCUGCACUUCUACCGAGACCAAAACUCCUUCUUGUAAAAGAAAUUAUGGGGCUACUGAAGAUAAAAAUAGUAUCACAGGACUGAAAGAAGGAAGAAAGUCCCAUCACAGAGAAAAAAAUGAAUGUAUGCCCAUGAAAAUCGGGGGCAUCUGACAAAGGAAAGAGUUACAGUGACACUCAGAGAGAACAGGAACGCUGCCACGGUGUAGGUAGACCACACACUAGCAUUUCUAGGACACAGGUUUUCAAAGAAAGAUUGUAUGCCACUUUGGUUUAAGGACUGUGCUACGACCACUGAGUUAAUUUUGGUGUAUCUUGGCAUCUAUCCUCUGGUUUUUUGCUUGUGUUUUCUUUAAUGUUUCCUUACUCCUUCCUGUUUUCUCAUCAGGCUUUGGUCAGCAUUUUUUUCAUCAAAAUAAAUAAAUAAAUAAAAUAAUACUCCGGUCCGCUCGUAAGCUUGGUACAAAACCAUCUUCAGCAGUUGCUUCUGAAGCCUCCCUCUGCUUUCUGUACAAAGGGCAGUCUGUGGUCACUCGAGACUUUUUUUUUUUUUUUAACUUUUCCAGGCAGCUUCAUGACGUGCAGGCAGUAGCCAGACAGGGUCAUGGGAAGGGGGCCCUGUGCUUCUAAACUGAGGGGUUGCUGGUUAGUUUGGUAUUCAAAAGAGGAUAAAAAUCUGGUAGAUUAGUUCAUUCUCAGCAUGUGUAGCUAGACAUGAGUAAAGAUAACAGCAUGAGAAACUGUUAGUACGCAUACCUCAGUUCAAACCUUUAGGGAAUGAUUAAAAUUAAAAAAAAAAUACAUUUCACUCAGUUGCACUUAGUCGUAUGUCUUGCAUGCUUCGUCUAAAGACUGUAGCAAAAAGAAGAAAAAGUAGAUUUUACAUAUCUUUGCAGGUAUCACAGCCUUGCAGAAGAACCAACUGAAAAAAAAAAAACAAUUCUCAGGCUUUACAGCAAGCAGACUUCACUAUGAUUUUUACAGUUCUGUAUCCCUCGGGGGUGUUCCAGUCGCUUCUUUAGGAUGGGUUUAUUAUGUUGUACAUAUAUCCCAAUGUGUCUGUGUGAAUCUUUGUCUUUUUUGGGGGAGGGCAGAGGGCAGUUCUUUUUUUAGAUAUUGUUCCUAAAAAGGAAUAAAUGCAUACACCUGUUUGUCAAAACACCUUUGCUUUUUUGUGCAACUGCUUUAUAUUAAUGAUACUUUAAAAAAAAACAGCUUUGGAAAAAAAAACUACUGUAUGUAAUGGAAUUGCAGAAUAUGCUGCACAUGUAUUUUAUUUAGUUACCCUUGCUUCAAGAAUAUUGGAUGACAUUUCCUGACAUGUGGGAGAGAGAAACUCCCCCCCCCCCUUUUUUUUUUUUUGGCUUUUAAAUUGUAACAUAGUUGAUGGAUUUUUUUUUUCCUGUUCUCAUUGAUUGGAGCAUUUUGUACAGAUGUGUGUGUGUGUGUGCGCGCGCGCGUGUGUGUUAAUCUGUUUUUUGAUACAUUCCUAUCCCUUGUGUUUAUUCUACCACUGCCUUCCUGGCUAUCUUAAACGAGUUCGUACAUUUGAAAAGAGAAAAAAAAAAAUGUUGUUUUGAAAAAAUGUUUUCUCCUGCUGCGGUAAAUAUUUUGCAUGAUGAAAUUCCAGGGUCAGCUUUCAAAGUUUAUCAGUGAACUAGUGGUUAAUAAUGGAGCGUGUCAAAGCUAUUGAAUUUUUUUGUAUAAGAAAAAAAAAAAACUUUACAAGGUGCCAAGAUGUAAAGACAAUUUGUUACUUUUUUUUCGCCCUCCAAGAAAGGCGUACAUUUGGAAGAUAGUCCCUUGUAUCAGGCAAAUGCAUUGUCAGGAAUGAGGAUCCAUCCUACUCAUCCCUAGAGUCUGUCCUUGUGAGAUACGUUACAUUACCCACACUGAACCAGCAGUGAGAUGGAACCUGCAGGCUUACACACGUGAAGAGUAACCGCCACCCCUGCCACCUUCGGACAGCUCUGACAUCAUUCCCAGCAUUCCGUCAGACUAGCAAAGAACACCUCGGAUUCUUAGCCCAAAAUAUGAUUGACGUAAUCACUAGCUAUUUUAUCAUGAAAAAAAGAAGUUAAAAAAUAUUUCCUAUGCUUUACACAUUCCAGCUCAGCUCUGUUUCCAGGGGUACAAAGAACAUGCUUGUAAGGAUUUUGAGUCUUUUUGGUACCUGUUGGUUAAUGGUAUACCCUCUUGAUACCCUGGAUGUUUCUGAGAGUCGGUUUUGCUUUUUUAUCCUGAGAAUGAGACUGAACAGUUCUGAUGGCAUUGUGCGGGCCCAGCGUAGCUCGUACGAUCUCUGCUAACAGAGGCCUGCUGAACGAAGGGUACAGUCCGGACUGUGAGCGUGGUGCUUCGUGGAUGUGCUGCCAGCAACAAGAAUUUUGUUUUGUUUUGUUUUCUUUUGAUAAGGCAUAAAAGAAGCUCAUUCCUUGACAUCAACUGUAAUUCCAUCAUUCCGUGUCUGUGGAUACAGACAAUAAAAAAAAAUGUUGUGUAGUCAGUACUAAUUACUGACGUGAUAGCAUUCUCAAAUGCAAUAAAAAUGCUGGUUGUUCACACUGGUA